CUCAUCUUGGACUGCUUGCACCUUUGCGCAUUUGCAGGCGCUGCUUUUCCAGACUGUCGGUCCUGUUCAUUGCCCUGGAAUUGACUUGCCAGCCGUCUGACGUAUCUGCCGCCGACCAAUCUCCCUCAUUACGCAGGUCAACAAAACCGACACAGAAGCGACGCAUUCCCUCACCAUCAUCACCACCGUUAUUCGCGACAGCUUUUACCUCACUUUCCUCUCACACUCCGGGUCUCAAAUACUCAUCGACUGACUGUCUUGGGUUGCCACCUAAUACCGUACACCAUAUCACUUCCUCUCGUCCAUUACAGCAAAGAACGAGAUCAUUUACCUCCUUCGCGUAUCUCAGUCCAGGCCGAAUCAGACGAAUCCUGCAUUCCAUCCACGCCGUACAUCCACCUUUCACUACAUCUCUCUUCAGAGAACCGGAAGACGUCUUUUCAAACGCAACUCUGCACUUAUAGAGUGGAGAGACAGAAAGCAAGAAAGGAAGCAACCAGCGUCAUUGGCCGAGACCGUGCCUUAGAAGGCGGCAAGUUGAGAAGAAACUAAAGGGGCAGAAGCACACUACAUUUCCUCCCUUCCACUUUACUGCUGCGACCUUUCACAGCACAGCGAAAGACGAAAGAAACACGUCUCCAUCAUAUUUCCGCCGUGUUCGCCUCUAGAGCAAAGUCUGGGUUCAGCAUUCCUCAGCUCCUGUCUCCAUCGCUCUGGAUCUGGGAAGGCGUUCCCAUUGUUGACCAGUUGAAACACCACCGUCAGACCUCAGGGUUACAUCAUCGCCUACAAUGUCUACGAUACAACAACUGAAGAACUUUAUUCGUCAUGGCAAGCAAGCCAGGGUAGCAAAUAACGGCGACGAGGCCCAGAGGAAGCAAGAGCAUUCGCCCUCACAGUCCCAGCCCGCGGCGGCAACCGGCAAGCCCAUGGCUCACUCCGAUCCUGGCUUCGGCGCGGCUGCUGCAGCACCACAGCCCAUUCCUGACGCCUACUCUGGCGCCCCUGCUGAGCAGGCAAACCGGGCGGCCAGAGCAGAUGGCGUUGCUGCUAAUCACGCCGAGGAAAGGCAGGUGGUCCAAGGCAACGGGGACGGCAAGAACAAGCGCAUGGACGAGGUAUCGAAGUUGGUGGCCGAGGAGAAUGCGAGCCGAAGCAAGUUUCCCCACUACCAAGGCCUUGAGCGGUGGGAGCUGGUAGAGAAGAUGGGCGACGGUGCAUUCAGCAACGUCUAUCGAGCACGCGACCGUGAGGGCAACGCCGGCGAAGUUGCCAUCAAGGUCGUCCGCAAGUACGAGAUGAACAGCAUGCAGGGCCAGAAGCAUCUGCAUCCGGACUUCAAACCAAAGGCUCCCAAAGCCGCAGAGAGGGCGAACAUCCUGAAGGAGGUCCAGAUCAUGCGCCAACUCGACCACCCCAACAUCGUCAAGCUCAUCGACUUCUCCGAGUCUAAGCAAUAUUACUACAUCAUCCUCGAGCUUGCACCCGGCGGCGAGCUCUUUCAUCAGAUCGUCCGCCUCACCUACUUUAGCGAGGACUUGUCACGGCAUGUGAUUCUCCAGGUGGCCAAGGCUCUGGAAUAUCUGCACGAAGUGCAGGGUGUUGUGCAUCGUGACAUCAAGCCAGAGAAUAUCUUAUAUCAACCAAUACCCGUGAUUCCUUCCAAGAACCCGAAACCAAAUCAGCCCGGCGAUGAAGAUAAGGUCGACGAGGGCGAGUACAUCAAGGGCGUUGGCGCUGGUGGGAUCGGCCUGAUCAAGAUUGCCGACUUCGGUCUGUCCAAGGUCGUGUGGGACACCCAAACCAUGACGCCUUGUGGUACCGUUGGCUACACCGCGCCCGAAAUUGUCAAGGAUGAGCGGUAUUCUAAGUCGGUCGAUAUGUGGGCGCUGGGUUGUGUCUUGUACACACUACUGUGUGGCUUCCCGCCCUUCUACGAUGAGAGCAUAGAGGUUCUCACCGAGAAGGUCGCGAAGGGCCAGUAUACCUUCCUGUCGCCGUGGUGGGACGACAUCUCGGAUUCUGCCAAGGAUCUUAUUACCCACCUCCUAACUGUCGACCCCGAGAAGCGAUACACGAUCACCGAGUUCCUCAACCACCCCUGGAUCACGGCCAGCGUGACACCGGCCGUCGAGAAGAAGGCGAACGUCACAGCUGACGGAAAACUACGUGCCUUUGAUGCAAGCAAGUUCCAGGAUGGCGACAGACGCUACGAUUUCCGCUCUCCUGGUGCCGUCAACCUGCGUGAGGUCUUCGAUGUUGGUUAUGCUGUACACCGACAGGAGGAAGAAGCCAAGCGUCGCAAGCAGAUUGGAACCAAAGCUGGUUUAUCGAAACUGGCCGGUCUGAACGAGUCAGAUGAAGAUGAAGAAAUGGUCGAUGCCGGCGACAACACUCAAUAUGUCCACAAGUCAAGCAAUGGUACCCAGGGACUCGAGCAGAGUAUGCGCAAUACCCAAAUAAGUGGCGAGCAGCGUGGUCGCGAGCGCGAGAGGCAGCAGCGGGCGCCAGAGCAAAAGGGCUACGGACAACACUCUGCAGCUGUCACUGCUGCGGCGAGGCAGCAGGUCAAGGAUCGCGCACGGCAAAAGGGUGCUUUUGAGCUGAACCUGGAUGGCGCUACGCUGCUCGGUCGGAGAGGGAUAAAGGCGGCACCGCGGGUGGCAUAGGAGCGCAACCCGCAUCCAAGCGACUACUCUAUCCGAUGCAGAGGCGAUGUGGGCACGUGCCAGGCGAGCGAUCUUGAUGGGAGCUGUACGCCUUUCUAUACCCCAGAGGAGGAGGACGAGAAGAAGAAAGAGGAGAAGGAUAGCCAUUUGCAGCUGUAGGAGACGCUGGGCGAUCUAGAACUUGGUGGCGAGCCUAAGGACGAUGAGACCACGGCCAAUGGCAAGGAAUGGUAGAUGUUUCUGGUAUGGUUUCACGUUGAGAUGUCUCGACUCAUGGUGUCUGUCUGUUCCUCUUCUCAGCACGUAGGGGGGCGGGGGAUUUUCUUUCCCGGAUUCGCAUUUUUUUUCUUCCAUUUAUAGCAUUGGACGUGGGUUCUCCCUGCGCAUUGCUAGCGGCGUGGCAUGACAACAAGAGAGACGAGGGACGCGCCAGUGCAUGGAACAGCACUAGAACAGAUGAGACUUUGUGUGGCGGAGUUGCUCUGGCCGAAACAGUUGAGUUAGUAUUUAGUACACGGUGCACUCAUAACAUAACGCAUGGAGUUCGGCAAUUAUAACUCUUAAC